AUGACGACCGACGCAAAAGGGCCGAGUGGCUCCGCUGGACACCUUCGGAUAAUGCCCCGUUCGGACUCUGCUCAACGCGACGCUUUCCACUAUUUCUCCCUAUUCCUGGUCAUUAUCACGUGGCUUUGUGUCUUUCAGGUUCCCACCAACUCCAUCCGACACGUUCGAACGUUCCUUCUUUUCUUUUUGCAGGCUGUCAUUUUAACAGCUCCAAAGUUUCUAAAACUGGACAAGAAGUAGGAGAUGCCACAUGAGGACAUAUUCACAGAGGUUCGGAAGGUUCCUCUUAAAAUCUGUGGACUGAAUUCUAUUCCAUUUCAGCCAGUCUUUCGUGUUUUCCGUGCCCCCGGGUGCAGUUGGGCCGCAUUUUACAUGAAAUUGGCCAACGUCUUCCGGUAUUUUUUGCCGAUUCUAUUGAUAUUUCUGACUGAAGUAAGUUCAUUUGCAUACAUUCCAUCUGAAUUUUCAACUGUCGCAGGGUCUAUGGAAAAAGACGAACACAUUCAGAGAGCUGCCGGAUCUUUCGUUCGCCGGAGAUUUCAUAGUUUACGCCUACGGUACCUUUCUUUUGUAUUUGAAGAUUCACGGAGAGUGAUUCCCUUCAGGACGGGACAGGUCGGUCGUUUCCUCUUCUUUCGCCGUUUUGAAUGCGGCCGCUUCUUCGGAUCAGCGCUCGACUUCUCAGAUUCUGCAUCAUUUCAGUCCUUCUGAAGACGAAGACGUCUGUUCAUUUUCAUACUUGAAUUAUUCAUUACUAUGUCAAUUUCAGAUCAAAAGCCUCGAUAUUCAAUUCCAAAUGAGCACUCAGAAUCUCUCGAUUGACACUGUCAUCUAUGCAUUCGUUCUCAGAAUGCGACUGGAUUAUCAUUCGAUUGUGGACGUGAGUAUUCGAUUGAAAGGCUGUUCUGAAACUGAAAGAGAUCAAUUUCAGACAGAAAUUCUACUCUCCGAUACUCUGCACCUCCAUUCGCCCACUUCUCAAAUUCAGACGACCGCCCGUCUGUGCGUGGACCAAUCGGUUCCGUUCGGAAAGAGAGAAACGUUCCGGAUAAUCGACAGAAGACGUCAGGACGUCGAGCACUUUCAGAUGCAUUCCGUCCUCCGCAGAGUCACUCUCUCUCCGCUGGCUCUUGAACUGAAACGGUGAGUCGUCGUCUUCCCUCCUCCAUUCAUCUGAAUCCCUUCCAGAAAGUCCUCCGUCUUCCUCGCUGCUCCCUCUCCUCCUCCCACACUCUCUCUUCGCAUUUCCUUGUCCUUUUCCGAAAUGGAAUUCAUCUACAAAACGGGCUUCUGGGAGCUUCUCAAAUGGUUCUGGAUCCAGUAUUUCGCCGCAUUCAUAAUUGUAAAUCAUCUGUUCACUUCGCUCACUUCUUACCUCUUCCGUAAUCGUGUAUUCUAUGUUAAUGAUGUUAUCCGCUCAAAAUGA